AUGACCUCACUGAAACUCAGUCUUCUCUUGCUUCUGUCACUCUCCACAAUGCCUGUGUUUUGGUGUCAUCCAGUUCUGUCUUCUAAGGUGUCUGGAAAAUCUGAUUACAUUCUCAUCCUACUGAACAGCUGUCCCUCCAGGCUGGAUGGGAGCGAGGGACUCCAGUUUCUAACAGCACUUUUGGAGAAGUCGUCAGUGAAAAGAUCCUUUCGUAAUGGAGUUGGCACAGGGAUGAAAAAAACUUCCUUUCGAAGAGCAAAAUGA